UGACAGCGAAACAAGUGUUUGAACCACAAAUGACAAUGCGAUUACCGCCAAUUCCGAGAUCGAACGACAAAUACAAUCAAAGCAUUUGCAAGCCGCUACAAGAGAAGAAGCGAACGAGAAACAGAGGAAGAUGAAGAAGCGAAAGAGAAAGAAAGAGAUAGAUGGGAGGAAAGAAAGAGAGAGAUUUCAACCACCGAAUGCGAAUGAGUGGAUGGUAGAUUUGUGUUGUGCGUGAAUCGGAAUUGUACUUGCAUUUUGAAUAAUUGGAUCGUCUUUUAAAAAUUCAAUAUUAAUUAGUUUACAAUUAACUGUUUGCAUACUUAAAAUAUCGGCGAAUUAAAAGUGUAUGGAAAAAAAUUAAAGCCGCAUCAAAUAUGCAACGAUUUGAAGCGCUUAACUGUCGGGAUCGCGACACAACGAUUGCAGCAUCAACAACGGAGAAAAUUGUUGAGGGAUUGAAUGGACUAUAUUCGCGAGCAUUGCAAGCAAAGAAUGGCGGUCAAUACAACAUGGCUAUUGUGAUAUUUCAGCAAGUUCUGGACAAUGAUGAAAUAAAACAGGCUUGCGACGCAAUUAAACAUCGCCAACAAUACUGGCUCAAGUAUUGUUGCUACAAAAAUUUGGCCGAACUCCACGAAUUGACGGCAUCCCAUCAAUAUGCUCUUGAGUACUUUUUAUUGGCAAGCGAUAUGGAUGCGAACGAUGUCUACUUUCUGAACAAAUUCGGACACAUUGCACUGGAACAACAGCAAUUCGAUUUGGCAAAUGCAAUAUUUCAACGGUGCCUCAAAUUGAAUGCCAAUCAUUUGCCAUCGUAUGACGGGAUUCUCCAAUUGCUUUGCCACCAAGAAGACUACUUUGAAGCGUACGGAUGGUCGGUGUAUUGUCACAGCAAAUUUCCCAAAUAUCAACGAUCAAUUGAUGUCAUUCACGAUGCACGCGAUUUACUGAAACACUCACCGUUGUUGCAUGGAGCCUUUACUCCGGCUAUCACGAAUGGUGCAAUUGGCAAGCGUUCUAUGAAACCGAAUCGUUUUCCAUCGGCCAGCUACAACGACGACGAAUUCAUUGAUGAACCGACUGAUUUCACGCGAUUCCAACACACAAUGACAACGGCAUCAUUUCUGGCAUUCGCUCAAAUGAUUAAAUCAAUUUACACGGAAUCAUCUCAAAUCACGACGCAUCUCACCACAAAAGUAUUACUGAACGAUAUUUGUGACAUAAAUGGCAUCAGCAACGAUGAGUGUGACACAAUCGAAACGAAUAUCACCAAACCCAUGGUUGGGCUCCAUCAAAUUUCCAUGGAAUCGCGUUCGUGCAGCCGUCCAACAACGCCCAUCGGACAAAUUUUCCAAGAAAUUAUACCACAGUAUUUCAGCGCUGAGUCGGUGGACGAUGAAGUGGUUCAUCCGCCCUCAAUGAUCCGUGCCAUUGGACAGCCCGGCUAUUUGGAUCAAAUGAAGGAUUUUGCCGGUGACGAACACAUCUUUCACACCACCUCUUCAACACUGCUUCGACAAUUUUUUGAAAAAUUAAAGUCGAAUGAGCCAUUUGAUACAGUAACUCUUGUGUUUGAGUGGUUGAAAUGCAUUUCAAAGUGCUCACACAUUCAAUUGCCCAUUGAGUUGCAGUCACUUUAUAUUGAAAUCUACAAUCAUUUAGCCAAUCACAUGGACUGGAAUGGGGUACCGGCUGACGUGGCUGCUGAUUUGUUCCGAAUGUCUGUGCUUCACAUGGAAUUGAGCAUUGUUGCAAAUGUGCGUGACAACAGUGGUAACAGCUCCAAAAUGCUACGAUUCUUUGACGAUCGAACCAUGUACCAUUUCUAUCGUGUAACGUUUUUAAAAAAUGUGCUGCAAAUUGAUUGUGAUGUGAUGCUGGAGAUGCGAUUGAAUGUGUUGCACUUUCAAUUGGCGAUCGAAUUGCAUGACUAUGACUUGGCCAUGGAUUUGUUGGAUCGCAUUCAAGUGGUCUUUGUAAAUGUAUCAGCAAAUAUUGAAAUUCUACAAUUGCCAAAUCAAUUCUACUGUCCAUUCAUCGAUCCAUGGAUUGUGACCAAUGAAAAAGUCUUAUUGGAAUGUUUGCAACAGCAAAAAGAUGUGGUGCCAAUGGCAGCGUACAAAUCAAGUGGGCAAUUUAAUGACGUAUUACUCAUUUUGUCAAAGUAUCAAGUGCGUCGUUUUGCGAGUGUCCAGUUGCCGGCUCACAUACAAAUAGAGGUGCUGGUCGAAGGUUUCUGGAUGACGGAUCGAAUGGAAGAGUGUUUGCGUUGGUGUGAAAAAGGCCUCCACGAUUCGAUGAGCACUUGGUGGAAAUGUACGGUAAAAAAUCAACAAUACCCCGACCAUUUGCCGCAGCACACUCGCUUUCUGACCGCUUAUCUUCAGCAUUUGCUACGCGAUAACGGUAUGGUGAUUAAUUUAUUGAAUGGACGAAAAGAGCGUUUAGUACGUUCUAUGACCUAUUUAUUCGAUGCCCAGUAUCAGCAACAGCAACAACAGCAACAGCAGCAGCAGCCGCCGAUUGAAUGUCUAUUCGAUAGCGCCGGUUUCAUUGAAACACUCGAUUUAAUGCUGAAAUAUGACCAACACAACUACGGUGUUGAACAGCAAACGGCCGUUUUAAAUAUCAUUGGCAAAGUGAGCGAAUGGCUCAUACGCAACAAUAUACCCAAUGAUGGCACAUUUUUUAUGAACGCUUGGAACACACUAAAUUUCAAUGGUUAUCAUAUGCAGGCGACCGUAUUGAAAUUCAACCGAACUGAACUAAUCCGAUUGCUGGCCCAUUCACUGUUUGGCUAUCCAAACACUAUCGACGAACAUCAAAUUGGGUGCACAUGCAAACGACGACCAAUCGACUGGAAUGGCGUUUCACUUCUAUUUACAUCGUUUGAUAACAUUACAAAUGGGAUGCCGGAACUAGAGUUGAAAUCGUUGAUCAAUGAUUUAUUGACAACAAUUCCCCGCGAUGAGCAAAUGAAUCUCAGCACGGCCAUAAGUCAGCUUAAUGAUUUCUUGAAUGACACUGUCGAUUUCCCACACAAAUUCAUUCCAUUGAGAUCAUUUCCCACUGCCAUCAAAGACAUUUUCCAUCGUAUUGCCAGCCACAAUGGCAACAACAACAACAACGAUUAUUACAGUCACGAACAACUCAUCGCAAUGGAUUUAGUGAUAAAUCCGUAUCGAUUUAGCUCAUGGCAUACAAUGUUGAACAUAAAAAUUGGCCAAUUGAACGCACUGUUCACGGAUACGUAUGAUUUGACCAAGAUUCAUGUUGCCGAAGUGAAACGGCUGAAGAAUGCUAUCGACGCUUGCUUUGACAAGUGUGAAAUGCUCAAUCAAGCCGAAAACACCAUUACGAAUGUUGACUAUUUGUGGUGCUAUGGCCUUCAUUUGUAUCAAUUUUCAAACAAUUGCACGAUGAUGACGAAGGCAGUAGCGGCAGCGGCAACGCCGGUGGCAUCAGAAACAGCAGCAGUUGAGCCAUUUCACGAUUUUGGUCAAAGCCCAUCGGCAAGCUGGAACAUGGCCAAUCGUGUAUUAUGUUCGUACUUAAAGAUGCAAGCAACACAUGCCAUCGCACCGAUUCAACCAAAUCACAAGUCGUUGUGCUAUUUUCUGUUGGGUAAAAUUGCUGAAAAGCAAAAAUUGACAAAACAAUCGCUUACAUUUUACCAAUUGGCCGAACGGCAACUGUUUGAUCAUCAAAACGAUGAUGCUUUCCUCUUGAUUAAGCUCGAAAUCAAUUUCCGCAUCACUGCAUCAAUUUACAAAUAUGUGGCGCAUACACAGCAUGCCGACGCACAAGUGGUGAUCGACAAAGAAAUGUUAUCAUUUCUGUUGCAUGUAUUGAAGCGUGACCGUCGACGAAUAUUCAACGAUACGGAAUUUGCUAUGCGAACGCCAGCAGCAGCAGCAGCAGCAGCAGCUAGCAAUCAAGAAGGAGUAGCAGUAACAGCAGCAGCAGGGUAUACCACAAGAGUGGAUACCGUCGCAACCAUCGAUGAGAAUGCCAACCAAAUCAAUGAAUUCACGGACAAGGAUCUGAUCACCGAAAUACAGCGAUUGUGUGCAGCUGACUUUGAAUGGUAUUUGGAAUUGUGUCCGAAUUACUAUAAGGCUGCCUAUUAUUUGAUCAAAAUCAAUUUGAACAGCGACGAUUUCCAGAGUCGUAGCCUUCUGUUGCAAUUGCCGCGUAAAAAUCAGCAGAAAAAAUUGAGCCUGUUUGACAUUCAUCGUUCUCGUCACCUAUUCAAGGUAAAAGAGCCGGUGCAUUUGGCAUCGAUCCAUAAUGUGGCAUCGUACAGCAAGUACAUGGAAAAAUGUGUGCGCAUUCUCAUCGAAUAUUUGGCAACGAAACCGAAUUGGUAUUUAGAAUUUGUGUUGGCGAUGCAAUGGAGUAAAUUGGUACGAGCGGAUACAUCGGCACAUUUGAAAUGCCACCAAAAGCAGCAACUAUUCACCGUUAUUUUAACGCAGUUCAUUCGGUCGGCAUCGAAUCAUGCGGCGCAAUCGAAUCGGGUGACAGCAAAAGCAAAACACUUUCUCGAUUUCUACAUAAAUAUCUAUGAAUUGUACAUCGAUUGUGAGACAACCAUCAAAUCGGAGCAUUUUGCAACUUAUUCCAAAUUGAUGAUUGAUUGUUAUCGCUUGUGCCGGGCCGAACAAGACGAUUGCACAUUGGAAGCAGCAGCAUCGACAGCGACAGUAUCGACAGCAGCUGCUUCAACGGGCGAAUUUCAACAGGCUUUGAACUUUUGCGCCACCGAAUCGAGCAAUCGUUUAAAGGCAAAGAAACCAUCAACGACCAAAGUGAAUAAGCCUGACAGCAAUCCAUCAUCAGCAAACAACAACCCAAAGAAACGGCGACUCAGUGAAGCGAAAUAGCUUGAAGCAUAUACAUAUUGAUAUUGAUUUCGAUGGAAUGAAGCACAAAAAAGGGACUGAGAGGAAUGAGAAACACACACACACACACACACACACACACACACACACAGCGAACAAGGAACAUGAUGUUGCAGCAGCAGCAGCACUCCAACCGAACCACAUUUCAAUAUUUAUGGAUUUUCGGUGGAAAAAUCUAUAUAUACGUAUAAUUUCGGAUAUUGUUUACUGCUUAUAUGUAAAUUGUGGAAAAUGUAAAUGGUUUUUCCUUGGGAAAAUGGCUUGCGAAAAAUGUUUUGUGUUCGCCUUUUCUCUUCGUUCACUCAAUCUUUCUCACUCCCAAAUUGAUUGUGUUGUUUUCGAUAAUAUGCUAAAUAAAAUGAGCAAAACUGAAUAAAGAAAGCAACCAUGCGCCCCCCCCCCCCUGCUGAGGAAUAUUACUAAUCUUCUAGUGAAAUUCAUAUGUUUACUUGAAAAUUUAUUUACGAUGUUUUUCGAGCAUAAACUUAAAUGUGCCCACAAAUAUAUAUCUUUCCACGAUGA